AUGGACCAAAAAACAUUGGCAGUAGCGUCUGUCGUGCUCGAGGACCCGCCGCUAGACUUUGCGCCAAUCUCGUUGGUCCAGUCGCAGCUGGUCGUAUUCGACUUUGACUGGUCGUUGGCAGACCAGGAUACGGACCGCUGGGUGCACGAGCUGCUCUUGCCGCGCUUGCGGAUCGAGUUUGUGGAGCGAAAAUCGUCCAUGCAGUUCACAGAUAUGUGUGCCUACCUGUUGCGCGAGCUGCACAAGGAAGGGUUCACGCGCGAGCAGCUUGAAGACGCGCUGCGCCAGAUGCCGAUCCAUCCCGGCAUGAUCCGCGGCGUGCGAGCUCUGGAGAAGGCGACCACAGAUACCGACUUUCUCUUGCUCUCGAAUUCGAACGAGGUGUACAUUGGUGUAAUUCUUGACCACAAAGGUCUCGCGGAGCCAAACCCCCUCUUUCGUGAGAUUGUGACCAACCCUGCCGCAUGGGAUGCGCAGGGCAUGCUGCAUCUCUCGCGACGCGUGCCGCCGGACGGCCCGCAGCACAGUUGCAAGGUCGGCUGCAGUGCAAAUAUGUGCAAAGGCGACGAGCUCGACGCAUACCGCAAACGCAACGCCGAUCGCGGCUACCAGCGCAUCGUCUAUGUCGGUGACGGCGGCAACGACUACUGCCCUAUCCUGCGGUUGGGGCCCCAGGAUGUGGCACUGGUGCGACGCAACCGCGGCUUGGCCAAACGUAUCUUGGAGGAGGGCAAUGUGCAAUGCCAAGUACGCUACUGGACCGGCGCCUGGGAAGCCGAGCAGCUCCUGCUGGCCCUCGGCGGCCUACGCUCAUAG